UGACAAGAAGAACAACACGCGAGCUUGGCGUCACUUUCCAAGAUGGCGGUAUUUGCGUGGCAAUAUUAGCAGGAAGAGACUGUGGGAGCAAAAGAGCUGAAAUGUGCUGAUGGAAAAGAGACUGUUAACUUUCACCAAUGCGCCAUUGAAAUGAGUUCUUCAGAAGAGACAGAAACAGACGGGCGCAGAAGUCAUCAGUGUCAGAAGUGUGGGAAACCUUUCAGUCGGAUUUGCAGUCUCAGAAGACAUGAACUCACUCACACUGCAGAGAAACUGUACCACUGUGAACAAUGUGACAGCAGUUUCAGCCAACUAAAGAACUACAAGCUUCACCUUCACACCCACACUGAAGAAACGGCAUACUGCUGCGAACAAUGUGGGGGGCAUUUCAGCAACCAGAGUUCAUACAGGAAACACCUGCGUGACCACACUGGACCAUACCAGUGUGACCAAUGUGAAAAGACCUUCAGUUACUUCAGUAUUUACAAGAUACACAUGCGCGUCCACACUAAAGAAAGGCCAUACUGCUGUGACCAGUGUCCAAAGAGUUUUAGUUUUUUAAGUUCAUACAAGCGACACCAGCUUAGCCAUAGUGGAGAGAAGCCGUACCAGUGUGACUUUUGUGGAAAGAGUUUCACUCAGUCAGGGCAUUUCAGUCUGCAUCUGCGUAACCAUACUGGGGAGAAACCGUACGAGUGUGACCAAUGUGAUAAGAGCUUCAGUGACUUAAGUAGUUACAAGAUACACCAGCGUGUCCACUCAGGAGAGAAACCAUACUGCUGUAACCAGUGUGGCAGGAGCUUCUCUCAGUUAGGUAAUUACAAAUCACAUUUGCGUAUCCACACCGGAGAAAAACCAUUCCGCUGUGAACUAUGUGAGAAAAGUUUCUCUAUUUCAAAAACGUACAAACAACAUGUGCGUACCCACACUGGAGAGAAACCGUACCAGUGUAAAGAAUGUGCAAAAGGUUUUGGUCGACUAAGUAACUACAUGCGUCACCUUCGUAUCCAUACUGGAGAGCAACCAUACAGCUGUGACCAAUGUGGGAAAUGUUUUAAUAGUUCAUAUAGUUACAGCCGACACCAGCGUGUCCACACCGGAGAGAAACCUUACUGGUGUUCACAGUGUAAGAGGCUGUUCACUCGUUCACAGUCCUUGAAGAAACACCGCUGUGUUGCAGUAGAUGAAGACAGUGUGACUGUGUGUAAAAAAGCACAAUCGACCUGCUCCACAACAGAACCAACAAACGACAACCAACAACAACCAACAAAAUAAACAACAGUGUGUGUUCAUGGCAAUGAAGGAACAUGUCACCAAUUUCAACAGUAUGGUUUAUUUAUGUGUUAGAAUUGGUGGAGCUCUAUGGCACAGAGGAAUUAGAUGUAUAAAGUGUUAGAUAAACACAAUACUUCAGUAGAAUACAUUCAUUGUCAAGAUAAGAUAUAAUAUAUAUAAUGUGCAGCUUUAAAAAACAAAAAAACAUUAGCAUUAUAUCAAGAAUAAUUCCUCUUAAUCUAUGACCAACUAGAAGUGUGUGCCAUGGUCUGCAUCGACAGAUAGCCUGUAUUUCUUUCUCUUUUAUUUAGCUGUGCUUGGGAUGUUUUUGAGCAUCACUCUGAGGUGACAUUUGACUCCAUCUGGUGGUAAUGGUGUUGGUUUAUGCACAGGUACAAAUUUUAUGACUUUUAAGACCUGUUUAAUACCACUAAAAGGGAAAAAAUACCAAUACUAAAACAAAAGAAAUCCACAAACUAGACAUUUUUUAAUCGUUAUUGUGUAGGGAUGCUCCGAUUGUGAAAUUCUUGGCCGAUAUCAAAGUUUUUUGUUAUUAAUUUAGUUUUUAUUAUUUAUCCCCUUCUGUGCCAGUGAAACAAAGACAUCUUCAUUAUAAAAAAAACCGGAACUGUUUUAAAGUCAAUUUUUCCUUCAUUGCAGUAUCCUUGAAUUAAAAAUAUUGUUUUUUCUUUUGUUUUUUAAAAACAUUUACUUUAAAAGCCUCUUUAGCCUGCUGUCUACUACCUAUACCUACAGCCCACUGACUUCUGAAUACUCUGCAUGCUGCAUAUGGUUGAGGUGAUUAUUUCUCUCAUAUCCAAGUGCGGUCGCAUUUCUGGAUGAAACAUGUCUUACAAACUGCAUGUCGCUGAUCUUUCUCUGAGAUAGUGUAAUACUGCCACACAGCCGAUUUUCAUUUGUAAACAAACCAUGUACACGCCGGCCCUUGUGCUCUCACGUCAUACCAGAGUCUGGUAUGUUGUCAGUGUCCGACCGCAAAUAUCUAAACAUUUAGCUGCCACAGGCGACACACCAGAUGAACGUCGGCCACUGUCAUUGGUGAAUGUCAUCUUGUCGAUAGACGGAUGGCAGUCAACGGAUGGCAGUCAACAGACAGCGGCUGAUAUUGAUUUUGACUGGAAACACAGCACAUCAGUAGCCGUCGACCUGCCCAGACAGGCAACAGAGAAGCAAGACUGAGGUCCGAGCAGCCAGAGGCGGAGGUCUGCGGAUUAGCCUCCGGUGUUUGUUGUUUUAUUUGUUAACCCUAUAUGCUCAGUAUAUAUGUAGCUGUUUUAAAAAACUUUGUAAGUUGAAUUCACAAAAUGUGAAAGUGGCAGUGGCUUUCUAGAGUCGCAGCUAUUAAUAAGAUUAUUGUACGGCAUAUUGUGUUUAGUAUAGUAUUAAUAUGUAGCAUCAAUCUGUGAUAUCAUGGAGAAUGAGAAAUGGAAGUCACCAAUAAAUGACCAAAUGGGAUAUUGAAAUUGAAAUAAAGUUUCGAAUUGAACGA